AUGAAGUACAUAGCAAGUAAUUCGGGUAAUCCAAAGAAGAGAUUUUCGUUAUAUUUAGCAGCUCAACUUUCAUUUGGUUUAACUUAUAUUUAUUUACGCCAAGUAGAGUAUUUACUACAUGAUUCAAUUAUAUUCCACCAAGUUCAUAAAAGGGCAAAGCAAAGCACAGAGACACGUCCAAAGCAAAAAAAAGCGAAAAGGAGAUUAACGAAUCAGUUAGAGCCUGAAAUACAAGAUGAAAUACGGCGCAAUAUGAAAAAUAUGCAACGUUCCCUUCCACAUAUAAACCCAAAUUUAUUGUUAAAUCCAUCAAUGAAUCUAGUCCAGAAUGAAAGUUCUAUACAAGUUCGAGAUGAAUUAGCGCCAUUAAAUAGAGAAUCGCUCCCAGUGGGUGAUAUUGGUGAUGAAAAUAUUCCUGGUUAUUUCCUUCAGGAAAUACCUCCUCCCGGUCCUGUUUCUGCCAUAGAUAAAACAAUUGAAGAUGAGCAAUCACAAUCACAAUCCCAUCAACAAAUUACAGUUACAGUGGAUAUCCAUCCAGUUCCUCCUGAAUUUGCAAAUACAGAAGUCCCAUCUGUUGAUCCUAUUACGUUAGUAAAUAAAUCACCAACUGUGGGAAGAAUUAGAAAUGUGAAUUUGGAUGAAAUAAUAAGUUACCCGAGUGUUGAAGAUCAAGGUUUACGACAAGCAACUGAAACCGAAAGAAUGAUUAGUGAAACAAUUGCUGAAAUAGGUACGACUUUUGGACCACAAAUUGAAUCUACACCAUUACCAACUGCACGUCCAGGAGCAGAUACAGCUGCGCCGUUAGAUGUAAGUCUGAUAGAAUUGCAGAGUCAAAUUAAUAUUACACCAGUUGAAAGGCGUGGACGAAAACGUAAACGUGGAUGUUUAAUAGAUCUCGAAACAAGCAUUCCAAGUGAUAUACUCAAACGACAGAUAAAGGAAACACUUGAUGAGACUAAACCAUGGCCAACAAGAAUGCAUGAAGUUGAUUUGAAACUACGUGAAUUGAAAAUCAACAAUGAAAAUUUAUUUUGUAUUCCUGCUCACCGUAAUAUUAUGUCACAAGAAAUUCGACGAAAUUUCAUUUGGGAAUUUGUGGCACGCCCCUCACAUCAUGAUGAAAAUGAUAUUCUGAAAAAAAUAUUAGGAAUCAAGUCAAAUACGAAUGUAGCAGGUGAAACAGAAACAAGUGGAAAUUUAGCAUCCAAUCCAUCUUUGACGAACUUCGAAACACCGCGCGUCAGUAAACGUUUAAGUUUGGAGCAAAGUACGUUACCCAGUUCAACAGAGAAAAAAUCAUGUACGGACAAUAUAUCAAAGGUUCAGAAAGUACAACAAAAAUCACAACCUUUUUUAGAAACAAUCAGAGAGGGUAGUGAUCAAGAUUCAAUUCAAAGUAAACGAUCUACAACCCAUAGACAUGGAGCUUCAGAACCAAAGGAAAAACUUGAUCAAAUAACGGAAGAUCCAGUGCCAACGGAUAAACUUGAUCAAAGAACGGAACAUUCAGUGCCAACAGAUAUUAUACAAACAAUUAGUGCCAUUCAAGAGCCUGAAGUGGUGCAAGAACAAACAGUGGAGAACAUACAAGCAAUUCUAGAACCACUUCCUUCGUUAAUUAAUGAGAAUCUAGAUCUUGAAAUAACACAAGAAAAUGUAAUCCGACAGGAGAAAGAGAGAAGACAAGAAAAAUCUUCAGAAUCAUCAAACAUUUUUUACACCAAAACAGAUAAAUUCAAAAAAGAUAUUUGGAACCGAAUAAAAGAAUUUUGGAAUCAAGGACUAGAAGAUAUUCCAUUUUUAACUUUGUGUCCACCAAAUCAAACUAACAGAUUAAAGGCUGCAUCCACAUUUGGCUACUUAUUAGAAUUACACAAGCAGAAGAAAAUUGUGUUAUUGCCACUAGAAAAUUCCAUUUCCAUGGGCUAUAUUCGAAAAUAUAGAACCAAUGAAUAA